CCUAGACAGCCGGCCCAGGCCCUGAGCAGGGAAGGGGGGGGCAGGACCCUGAGGCCUAUUUUGGGGAGGGGGGAGGAGACACCACCACCGCCCCGUUUGGUCACAGGCUGGGGAAGAGGGAACCCUUCACUGGUGGGGAGAAGGGAAGGGCCACUCCCACCCCCCACCCCAGCUGCGGAAGGGCCCACCCCCAUUAGCCAGAGGGAGGAAAGUGAGGGUGGGGUAGGGAGAAAUACAAGCCCUCCCCGCCUCCCUUUGAUUUAAAACUACCCGCUUAAAGUAUUCCCUCCCCCCAGUUGCCCAUUACCGUAGGUAGGGCUGAGUAAGGUGGUGGUUUAGGGGUGAGCAGGGGCACUUGAUGAGGAAUUUAUUAAUAGGUAAGGGGGGGAUAGAAACCCACCCCUUUUAUUUCGUCGCCCCCUUGAAGUUUAACCUCUCCUGUCUUAUUUGAGGGGAGCUCGGGAGUUCGGCAAAGGUUGGAGGGGCAGGGGAGGCCCUUUAAAGCAUUUGCCCCACCAACUCAGCUUCCCCUGGACUUUUUUUGGGGGGGGAGUGGGAAACAUUUGGGGGCGGGGGACAAGGAUCUGAGAGAUUGAGGGGUUGACAGGGGAGAGGGCAGUUGUAGGAGGUAGGGGACCUGGCCCCAGGAAACCCAGCUCACGUGUUGGUGGUUCUUAACACGCUUGUGACAUUUUACCUUGUCAGUCCUCAUUUUUGUUUUAAUUCCCCCCCCAUUCAUCAUUAAGCAGAAGGGGCAGCAGAGGAAGGAAUAAUAAGCUGUGCAGGACUGGAUCUGAACGUGGCAAAGAGGGAACCUCCAGAAAACAAGAAGACAUAAGUGUCCCACUUUUAGGAGCCACCCCACCCCCCUUGAACCCCGUGGAAACUGGGCGGCCCCGAGCAGGCCCCGCAGCCGCUCAAGAUGGCCGCCUUGAAACGGAGCCGCCGGCAGGCCUGGCCAGAAGAGGAGGGCGACCGGGAGCACGGGCUCUAUAGCUUGCACCGCAUGUUUGACAUUGUGGGCACCCACCUGACCCACCGCGACGUGCGGGUCUUGUCCUUCCUCUUUGUGGACGUCAUUGAUGACUACGAAAGGGGGAUGAUCCGCAGUGGGCGGGACUUCCUCCUGGCGCUGGAGAGGCAGGGUCGCUGCGACGAAACCAACUUCCGCCAGGUGCUUCAGCUUCUGCGGAUCAUCACCCGCCACGACCUGUUGCCCUAUGUCACUUUAAAGAGGAGGAAGGCUGUGUGCCCGGAUCUUGUAGACAAGUACCUAGAAGAGACUUCCAUCCGUUACGUGACGCCGCGAGCCCACAGCAGCACAGAGCACGUUCCUUCCCACCAACACAAAUCUGUGCCUCCCCACCAUCCGCUGGUCUGCUGCUCCUCUUCAGGCCCCCAGAUCUGCACCAAGAGACCUGGCCGGGGACGAGCCCUCCUUGGGAGCCAGCGGAAAAGGAGGAAGUCGGUGACGCCAGACCCGAAAGACAAACAGACGUGCGACAUUCGCCUGCGAGUCCGAGCAGAAUACUGCCAGCACGAAACAGCCUUGGAGGGGAACGUCUUCUCCAACAAGCAGGACCCCCUGGAGCGCCAGUUUGAGCGCUUUAGCCAGGCCAACACCAUCUUGAAAUCCCGGGACCUGGGCUCCAUCAUCUGUGACAUAAAGUUUUCGGAGCUCACUUACCUCGACGCUUUCUGGCGCGACUACAUCAACGGCUCGCUACUGGAGGCCCUCAAGGGGGUCUUCAUCACAGACUCGCUCAAGCAAGCUGUGGGUCACGAGGCCAUCAAGCUCCUGGUCAAUGUGGACGAAGAGGAUUACGAGGUGGGCCGUCAGAAACUCCUGAGGAACUUGAUGCUGCAGACGGCACCUUGAACCUUGGUUGCGGUUAUUCCCCCCCACCCUGUCCUCUGCCCUGUCCUCUCCUUUGGAUGAAUUUUUUUCUGGGUUUUUCCCCCCCUCUCAAGAAAAGGAAAAAAAAUUAUCUUAAAAGGAAUGAAACCUCAAGCUCCCUGCCAUGUACUGAGUAACUAAGGUCUGUUUUGACACGAGGAUGAGCGCUGUGGUUGGUUUUUUCUUUUUCCCCCAGUUGGGAACCUAAACAGGAGAUGGAAAUUCCUGGGCUCCUCCCUGCCUGCAAGGGAGAUGCGGGGGCCCUUUCCCUGCAGGCCAGCUGAGCAUCUUCGCUCCUUGACCGAUGCUCCUCUGGCCUCUCGCCUUUUCUUAACCACAUUCUCUCUUGUGCUGUCUACUUCUCUCCUGAGUUUUUUUGUUUUCUUUUUGGUACUGUCUCCAAAACAUUAGACUGUCCUGUGGUGUGCCAUUGCCCAGAAAGGUCUAAGCAGGUGCGGCAAGGUCCAGAAGGCGAGACUUCCACUCUUUAUAUUAAAAAUAAGAAGCAAACUUGAACGUGGCUCUUCUUGUGCCAGGAACAUCUUAACACCGGUGUUUUUUUUUUUCUUUCAAGCUGUGAGUUCCAUGGGUGGUGGGACAAGGUGGGGGGAGGAAUGGGGCGUCUCGGAGUGGAGUUGGGGAAGAGAGCGCUUGCAUCUUAACCAGACGCACCACCUGCCCCCUCUAUGUAGCAAUGUUCUUAAAAGUGACACUCAAGGCCUGCCAGUUGGAUUUAGGAAUGGUUAUGCAAUUGACUUUGGCAGGGGUGGGGGGUGGGGAGUGUGGAUGGGAAGGACCCUCGCCUAGAAGGAAGUCGUGGCAAGGGUGGGGGUCCAGACACAAGGGACGAAAUGGUCUUUGGGGCCUCAGCUGCUCUGGAAGACUAUUUUCUUCUGUGCGUGUGGGAAGAGCGUGCUUUGUCCCAGCCCAGCUACCUCAGCUGAAUUAAAUCUGAGUGUUUGUUCUCCCUCCCACCAAACCCUUUCCCCUGAUGUGUGUCCUGAGUGGAGAGUAUUUCCAGCCGCCCCCCCCCCCGAUCCACUGUGUGUGCCUUUCCCUCAACCUUUGGUGGAGGGAUCGUCUGCCUCCAAAGACAACAGAGAAAGGGCCACCCGUCUGAGGCCUUUUCUCACCUCUCUGAAACCACACAAGCACCGCGGCCAGCCUUGCAUGGGUGCAAAGGGCAAGGAGGAGGUGGAAGGGAUUGUUCCAGCUGCGAAUGGCUGUGUCAGAUCAGAGCCAGGAGGACAAGGCAAUCCAGCCUUCCACCUCCUUUGCCAUUUUGUGUUUUUUCCCCAGGAACGUGAUCCUCCAGUUUCUCGAUCUGGGCUUUGCUCUUGGCUUACUCCCCUGGGAAAGCUGCAAAAGGGAUGUGUGGCAGGAGCUCCUUUCGCUCUUGCCUUCUGUUCAGGUGGUGCUGGGCACCACAGCCG